AUGUCAACAUGGAUUAUCCAAUCCACAGCACAUUCUUACAUUCCAGUCCUUGAAUCCAAUGGAUUAUAUACAGAAUCUAAGAGAUAUUCAAAAAUUUUGGUUUUGAAGGAAGGAAAGAAAAAGAGGGAGAAAGAAGAAAGGAGAGGCAGAAAAGCCUUUUUAUUUAGGAUAAUUUUUGACUAUUUGGCUAAGAAACUAAAUGGUUAUUAG